AUGGAUCCCGACGGCCUCCUGCGCCACGGAGGCGCCGCCGCCGCCUCAGGGAGAGGGCACCAGGAAAGUGCAGUUUACCGACUCGAUGUGCGGGCGGAGGAUGCGGACCUCCCGCCGGAGUCCAUUCAGGUCCCCAUCGGCGGCGAGGGGAUCGACUGGGCCUACCUCAACGCCGUCUUCGAACGCGAGGACUCCACCAAGGGCAGCACCAACCCCAAGUCGAGUUGCCACGCCAACUCCAAGUCCCGAUCCAUCUCCGAGCUGUCCUCCGCCAGCCUCAAGGCGAAGCCGCCCCCUGUCAUCGGCCUCCCCAGUUCGAUCCGGCCCUCCGCGGGGCGGUUUUCUAGAAGACAGCCGGCUGGCCGGAUCUUCAUCAGGAAGGGCAGCGCGCGGUCGCGCAGGGAGUCAGAGGAGGCGGAUCCGGGCUCGCCCAAGGUCUCCUGCUUCGGGAGGGUUCUUUCUGAGAGGGAGCGGAAGCAGGGGAAGCGGCAACCGGGGACCCGAUGGAUAUGCUGCCUCGGAUUCGGCGGCGGCGGCCCCGGCCCCGGCCCCGGCCCCGGCGCUGUGCUGACGGUCGAGGGGAGGAAGGAUUGCUCGCUCCCUUCGCCGGAGGACACCAGUAGGGGGCCGACGCAGGCGUUGGCCGGGUUGGGAGGGAUGAGGCGGCUCGCCUCCGGCCGGAGAGCGGAGUCGUCGGCGGAACACCCGGCGGACUAG